CCAGGGGCUGACUGUGCGCUGAGAUCUGCUGAGCCUCAGCCACCGCCAUGGCCUCCCAGCCCCAGCCCCUGCACCCCCCCUUGCCCUGCGCCUCGGGGGGGGCAGGACUGGCGGCCAGCAGCCCUGAGAAAGGCACCGCUCGCCCCAAGCCUCCCAUCCGGCCCAAGCCCCGCGUGCUGCCCAAGCCGUCCGUGCCCGCCAAGCCUCACCCGCCGCCGGGGCCGCGGCACCCUCGCCCCGAGCUGCCCUCGGCCGAGAAGAUGAACCGCCUGGCGGGGCCCCAGCCCUACUGCGGGGGCAGCUCCGGGGGGGCCCUCAGGCGCCCUUCCUUCACCGUCAAGUCUCCCGAGACCCCCAACGGGAAGGGGCUCCCGUCCCCGCCGGUCUCGGCCCCCGAAGACUCGGGCUCGAGCCCCGCCAGCGAGGCGCCUGCAGCCCCCCCGACGCCUUCCCGCAAGGGCCCGGCUCCCUUUAAGGUGACCCCGGUGCCCGUGGCGAGCAAGCCGGAGCGGUUCCCAGGCACCACCGUGGAGGAGAUCCUGGCCAAAAUGGACAGCAAGGAGGGCCCGGGAAGCCCCGACCGCGCCCGGCUCUCUCCCUUCUGCCCCGAUGCUGCCUCUCGCUUCGGCUCCAAGCCCUUCGCCACCGUCUUCAGGAGGCGCCCCAGCGGGGAGGCGGACGGAGACCCCCCCGGUGAAGCCCACCAGCCCCCUCAGCACGCCGGGGGGGAGCCGGGGAUGGGGGGUGACAGAAGUUCAGUGGCUGAAAUGAGCGGCUCCUCCCCAGCCGGCCUGAGCUGUGCCGGGGACCCCCGCAGACUCUGGAGGCCGCCGUCUCCCCCUGACCUCUCCUCUCUCCAGCUGGGCACCCUCGGACCCCCAGGCUCCCCGAGAUCCCCCGCCUGCCCGGCUCCAGCCCCGGGAGCUCCUUUCCAGCCCGCUGAGCCCUCCGCCUUGGCCCCCGGCUCUCCCGAUGCCCCCCCCGAGCUGCUGGCCCCCGGCUCCCCCACCCUGGCCCCCGGCUCCCCCGACUCCCCUGCUCAGCCCCCGGCCCAGGAGCUCCCAGCCACCUCCAUCCAGGCUCCGGGCGCCCCGGCCGAAGCCCAGCUCGGUGCCUCCCGCUCCCCCGGCUCCCCGCACACUCCCAGCGAGGGGUCCCCCGCUACCGCCAGCCCCCCAACACCAGGCACGCCCCAGCCGCCCCCCCGAGCCACCUACCCCCCCGGCUCUCCUGAGGCUGCCGCUGAGCCCCCGCCCCCCCCCAGCCCACCCCCCGAGCCCCCCGCCAGAGCUUCUCGUCCCCCGGGCUCCCCAGAGGGACCCGACGACUCCCCUGCGUCCCCGCGGUCCCCCGAGGGUCCCGAUUUCAGCCUUCCUCCCCCCGGCAGGGACUCGGGGCUCCGACGCUCGUCAGAGGGGGUCCUGCAGCCCCCUCCCGGCGAAGGGCAGGGCCUGGGGGAGCUGGGGGGCUCGCUGAGCGCCCUGCCCCGGCCCGGGGACCCGCCGCCGGAGCGCUUGCUGGGCAGCGAGUCCAGCUGGAGCCUUUCACAGUCCUUCGAGUGGACGUUCCCCCCGCGGGGGGCCAGGGGGCUGCCGUCCCCCCCCAGCUCCCCCAUCAGGGAGGCGGCCGACUCGGGGCUGUCUGAAGAGGACGAAUCGGACGGGGAGGCCGCGGGCUCCCCAGGGGACGGCGGGUCCCACAGGGCCGGCAGCUGGGCGGCGGAGGGGGCUCCGUGCCCAGGGGGGCCCGUGGCCAAGCUGGAGGCCGAGGGCUCGGCGGAGGAGGAGGAAGAGGAGGAGGAGGCUGAGUGGAACAGCACCGUGCUCCACGUGACAGAGCCCGACCAGGACCCCGCUGAGCCCGAGCCCCCUGUGGAGGCCAGCCCUGCGGAUCCAGCCUCUCCGGAGGCCAAAUCCUGCUGGGAGCCGGGGCCGGCAAGUGCCUCUCCCACCAGCCUGCAGGGCCCCGGCGGGCCAGGCCGGGAGGAAGGCUCCUCGAAGGCUCCCGACGCCCACCCCGACCCGGGCUGGCUGACCGAGCUGCUGGCAUCGCCCGGGGCUCACGCGGCAGGACGCGGCUCGGCGGAGGCCGACGGCUUGGAGGACCUGCUCGGCUGGUCGCGGAAGGACCUGUGCAGCGAAUUCGGCAUCGGGAGGGCCCAGCGGGCCGCCGCUUUUGACUGGAGCCGCGAGGCUGUAGCCGGAGACAGAGACUGGCCCGGCGAGGGGGGACAGGACCGGGAAUUCAGGACCCAAUCGAGCUGGGACACCAGCGUGGGUGACGUGGAGCAGCAGGACAGGGCCUUCGGCGCGGCCGAGAGGGACUGGAGCAGCAGUUACAAAGGGACAGAGCUGAUGGGGGACGCGGGGCUGGGCUGCGGCAGCUGGCCCAAACCCCACGGCCUGGGGGAAAGCCGCCUGCAGGGUCAGGACUUCGGCAAAGCCAGCUGGGGCGCUGGCUACGGCCUGGACAGCGCGGGCGGCAGAGAGGAGGUGAGCUCCGGGAAGGCCGAGUGGAGCAGGACCUACGGCGUGGGACACGGGCAGCAGGAGGACAAAGAGCUGAGCUCCAGGCAGCCCAGCUGGGCUGGCAGGUACGGCUCGGGGGACCUGGAGACCCAGGACGGGGAGCUCGCACCCGUGUGGGCCGGCGAGUACGGCACCGGUGACGCUGAGAUCAAGGACGGGGAGAUGGGCGCAGACUGGGCCAGCAAAUACAGCAGCAGGGAUGCUGAGAGCAAGGACGAGGACUUGACGCUGGGCUGGGCUGGCAGAUCCAGCACUGGGGACGCCGGCACCCUGGACAAGGAGUUUUGCCCCAGCAGGUCGGCCUGGGACAGCCAAUACAGCAGCAGGGACAUGGAGAGCCAGGACAGGGAGUUCAGCCCCAGCCGGCCAGCCUGGUCUGGCGAAUACAGCACCCAGGACAUGGAGAGCCAGGACAGGGAGUUCAGCCCCAGCAGACCGGCCGAGGCCAGCGACUACACCACGAGGGCCAUGGAGAGCCAGGACAGGGAGUUCAGCCCCAGCAGGCCCUCCUGGGACAGCGAGUACAGCACCAGGGCCAUGGAGAGCCAGGACAGGGAGUUCAGCCCCAGCCGGCCGGCUGAAGGCAGCGGGUACGGUGCCGGA